AUGUUGCUGAAGAGGGUUCUGGUGACAAAGCUUUCGCCAAGUUUCCUACAUCGCAGCCAGGUGUUUGGGCAGAUGUCUCCUCAGCUGCGCUUUUUUGCAGCAAGUGAACCUGAGAAGAUUCGCAAGCAUCAGCCGGAGGUUCAGGACGAGGAAAUGCGCAAUUCCAGGCCAAGAUUCCCAGCUUUGAUCUUUGCUGGCUUCUGUGCCAUAGUGAUGUUUUGCUGGGUGCCCUUCCUGUUCGGUCCAGUGUGGCUUGGUUCAUCUUUGGAAAGCGGAACAACACAGGCCAAGGCAAUUGGUGGCCAGAGCGAGCGGGGUGAUGAGAUUCGCGAGAAAAUGAAGAAAGAGUAUGCUGAACGUCGGGCAAAGGAAAAGCAGGAGAAAGCCGAAAAGGCUGCCUGA